UGAAAUUCAUCAUCCUUAUUCAAUUCGCUGAACCAAAAAAACCGAUCAAGAAACAAUGUCAUACUUCACUCGUGGCGGAAACGGCGACGAAAGUGUCGAUGAUUUCGACGAAUACGAUCCAACACCAUACGGUGGUGGAUACGACAUUCACCUUACCUACGGUAGACCAAUUCCACCUUCCGAUGAAACAUGUUACCCAUCAGGUUCAUCAAACAAUGAUUUUGAUUAUGAUCGUCCUCAAUUUGAAUCUUAUGCUCAACCUUCUGCUUAUGGUGAUGAAGCUCUUGCUACUGAGUAUAGUAGCUAUGUGAGACCGAAACCUAGACCUGCACCUUCUAGUUUUCACCCUGAAUCUGGUGAUGGUGGUGGUGGGUAUGGGAGGAAACAAGGAUCUGGGUAUGGUGGUCAAGAAUCUGAAAUUGGAUCUGGGUAUGGUGGGAGGAAGCAAGAGGGUGAAUAUGGAUCUGGGUAUGGUGGUGGUGGGGCCCAGGAGGGUGAAUAUGGAUCUGGGUAUGGGAGAAAGAAUGAGGAAAGUGAAUAUGGGUCUGGUUAUGGUGGGAGGAAGCAAGAAUCUGGAUAUGGGUCAGGAUAUGGUGGGGCCCAGGAGUCUGAAUAUGGUAGAAAGAAUGAGGAAAGUGGUUAUGGGUCUGGUUAUGGUGGAAGGAAGCAAGAAUCUGGAUAUGGGUCUGGUUAUGGUGGGAGAAAGAAUGAGGAGGAGAGUGAGGGUUAUGGGCGGAAGAAUGAGUAUGAGAGUGGUGAAUCGGAGUAUGGAUCGGGGAGGAAGAAGAGUGGUUAUGGGGAGGAAGAAGGGUAUGGAGGAGGAAGGAGUGAGUAUGAGAGGAAGCCUAGCUAUGGAAGGAGUGAUGAGGAGGAGAAGCCGAGCUAUGGCAGGAAAACUAGCUAUGGACGGAGUGAUGAGGAGGAGAAGCCAAGCUAUGGGAGGAGUGAUGAGGAGGAGAAGCCAAGCUAUGGGAGGAGUGAAUAUGAGAGGAAACCUAGCUAUGGAAGGAGUGAUGAUGAGGAGAAGCCGAGCUAUGGGAGGACUGAGUAUGAGAGGAAACCUAGCUAUGGAAGGAGUGAUGACGAGGAGAAGCCAAGCUAUGGGAGGAAAACUAGCUAUGGAAGGAGUGAUGAUGAGGAGAAACCGAGCUAUGGUUCUGAGAGGCGUGGUGAUGAUGAUGAGGGAUAUGGUCGUAAGAAAUAUGGAGGAAAUGAUGGCUCCGAUGAUGAUGAGGGGAGGAAGAAGCAUCACCACAAGAGUCACCAUCACAAGAGUUAUGAUGACGAGUAAACAAUAUGACCGUCGUUGCUGUUUGAAUGGAAGUCUUCCCAUAAUUACCUACUAAAUAAAGGGUUGACUUGUAGUGUGAUAUCUUCCUUCUUGUUUGGACCAUACUAUGAAAAGUCUUGAGCUUUCAGAACUAGUUGUCUAAACUAAAUGUAUUGCUGUUUGGCUUCUCAGCUGUUAUAAUAUCCCUAAUGUUUGAGUUGUUGUGUUACACUAUUUAUCUCUGUUUGGAAAAGUUUGAAUUUGAUUAAACACUUUGUCUGA